AUGCAGUUGACCUCCCUGCAAUGAUAAGAGCUCCUCCUCUCUCUAGCUUUCUCCUUCCUUGUCAUAGCAGGCAAUGAAAGCAGCACAGCAGCUCAUGAAGGUGUUCGUGAGCAGGAGGCUACCCCCGGAAGGGCAGAAACUUUUAUCCCAGGCUGGAAACUACACUAUCCAGCAGUGGGAUUCAGAUGAUCCUGUGCCAAGGGCAGAGCUGCUAAAUGGGGUAGCAGGAGCACAUGGUCUGCUCUGCCUCUUGUCAGAGAAGAUAGACCAGGAGGUACUGGACACAGCUGGGCCAAAUCUUAAAGUCAUCAGUACAUUGUCUGUGGGCUUUGACCACCUAGCAGUUGAUGAAAUAAAAAAGCGUGGAAUCAGAGUGGGCUACACCCCAGAUGUGUUGACUGAGGCCACAGCAGAGCUGACCGUUGCCUUACUGCUAGCAACCUGUCGACGCCUGCCAGAAGCUGUACAAGAGGUAAAAAGUGGAGGAUGGAAAUCAUGGUCUCCCAUGUGGAUGUGUGGGUAUGGAUUGUCUAACAGCACUGUUGGAAUCAUUGGCUUAGGGAGAAUAGGACUGGCUAUUGCCCAACGGCUUAAACCUUUUGGUGUGGAAAAGUUUUUAUACACAGGACGUCAGCCCCGACCUCAAAAUGCUGCAGGGCUCAAUGCCGAAUAUGUGUCCUGUGAAAAGCUUACAGAGGAAUCGGAUUUUGUUAUAGUGUCUUGCUCUUUAACCCCUGAAACUGAAGGGUUAUGUAACAAGGAUUUCUUUCAAAGAAUGAAGAAAACGUCCAUUUUCAUUAACAUCAGUAGAGGCUCUAUAGUGAACCAGGAAGACUUGUACCAGGCACUGGCCGAUGGACAGAUUGCAGCUGCUGGAUUAGAUGUCACUACUCCUGAACCACUGCCAACUACUCACCCAUUGCUGAGUCUGAAGAAUUGCAUUAUCUUGCCACACAUCGGAAGUGCCACAUAUAGUACAAGGAAUACCAUGUCUGUGCUGGCGGUAAAUAAUCUACUAAGAGGCCUGGCUGGGCAGGAGAUGCCAAAUGAACUUAAGCUCUGAAGACCAAAACUGGAUAUGAGCAUCAUGCCUGUACUUUGUGCUAGAUGAUUCGAUGUUAUAGAAUUUGUUAAAUCCAUUGUUUUGUAGUUCUGUAUUAA